CCUGCUUGGGCCUUUCCCUGCGUGAGUGCGUGCGUCCGGCCGUCGUGCCUGCCCUGCCCUGCCUUUGCGCCUGCCGCCGCCCGCCAGCCAGCGAAAAAAGCGUCCGUGUGUCUUUGUGUCUCAUCUCAACCCCAACCAAACCACUCGCUCGCCCAUCCACUACCACCACCAUUACCCAUCGCUAUCUCGACACCACACACGCUCACUCGCCCGCUCGCAUCACCGUCUCCUCUCCUUGCCCAUCGCAUCCCACCCAUCACUAUUAUUAACACCAUCAUCAUUAUUGUCCCGCCUCCCCUCGCUUCGCACCGCCGGCCAGCCAGCGCGGGAGGGUCCAGCACAGCAAAGACGGGGCGAAGCAACUGCCGGCACGCUCGCUCGCGCGAGGCUUUACUUGGAAGGGGGUGAUUGAGUCUGUACGCUCGCUCGCUCGCACGCACGCACUGCAGCGCUGCAGCACUGCGGGCUGAUCAGGAGGGACCCGACGGACACGCCAACGACGCCGACAUGACACGCCCUAACGACAACACCCAAAAGGACGCUGACAGCCCCGACUCUCCCCCCGAAGGCUUCGAAAAUGUCAACGUCUUUGACGACGAAUUCGCUCUGGAUCCUGAUGAAGACGACUUCAUGCCAUCCGUGUCGGAUGGCUUUCGCCCGACCAACCUCACCCGGACCUCGAGUUCUGGCUCGGCCACGAACCCCAAGCCUACUUCAGAGACGGACCUUCGUCGAGUAGCCACGCGCAACAGCACCGCCAAGUCCCCCUUUGCCAAUCGCGACACCACGCCUGCGCCCCGGCUCCCUCCACCGUCAACGUCGAUGCAGAAUCGCGACUCCAUGAGCUCCACGGCUUCGUUUGCAACCACCGCCCAGAGCGAAUUGGGCACCGGCCCGAGUCAUCCCUACGCCAUGUACGCCCAAAACACAAUGGUCCGCAGCCCCAGCAUUUCCACCGCCGCCUCGACACACCAGCCGCCCGAGUCCCCCGUGGCCAUGCAGCGUCCCACUCACCCCUAUGGCAUGUACACGCAGAAUGUCGUAGUCGAGGACGAGCCGCCUGUGCCACAGGUCCAGAACUCAAUUCCUCUUGGUUUCACCGGACUCAACGCGUCAGUGGGGACCGGAUAUCGCAGGCAGAUUGGUCCGGACGGUGAAGAGCAGGACAUCAUUGGGCCCGAUGGGCACACCGAACAGCUGCCUCCGUAUUCACGAUAUCCAGAGGAAGGUCCGACCAAGGCUUCGCUUGCUGCCGAAGCCAGUGCCACUUCGGUCGGUGCCAUAGCUGCUGGGCCCAACUUGAUAGACGAGUCCAACGAUACGCUACUCGCCACCUCUGCCUCCCCUUCGCCUUCCUCGCCUGUGUCUCCCAUCGCUCAUGCCAUCCCACCACCAGCAACCAUCACCCCCGCACUUCUGCCGCAACAGCGCCCGGAAACACAAACCGGUAACACGGCUGCCCCGCGAGCACCCACCACCUCCGAAUCAGCUUCGCUGCUUACUUCUGACGACGACGGUGUUCUCAAUGAAAAGACGGCUUCCAUCUCAAAUAAGCAGAUUCCAUGGCGAAAACGGAAACUAUGGGGCAAGAUUCCAGUCACGAUGGCUCUGAUGGCUGUUGCGCUUCUGUUGGUCUUUGCCGUCGUCCUGGGAGCCGCCAUGGGCACUGUGAUCGCCAAACAAACCAAAGACGACGACGAUGAUGAGAAGAAGAGCAAGCCUAGACCCGAGGACCCCCUGUCUCAGAAUGCGCCCUCCAACACUUUCUUCGAUGCUACGCCGAUCCCCACACCCACGAAUUUAGCGUCUUUGCCCGAUGGCCAGUUUUCCCUACCUCUAGGCUUUGCGCAGGAGAGCAGUCCUGGAUGCUUGGUCCAAGGCAAUCAAUAUGCGGCUUGGUCGUGCAAGAUGUCGUUUGCCCCAUUAGUACUUACGGUGGUGACGGGCGAAGACAAGUUCGGCCUGUCUCUAGAGUCAUUCCUGUCAGCCGAUGGCAGCAUACAAUACGGUCUGCAGCCCCCUUUGGCUUACAACCAGUCUCUACACCUCGUAACCGAUCUUGAUUAUAAGGGAUAUGGACCGGCGUGGCAUUUUUCAACCGUAUACGACAAAGUAGUUGUCCUAACUCCCGACGAAUUUACGGCCGGUAGCUCUUUCCGCCCUCGCCAAAAUGACAACAAGUCUUACAGACAUCGUUUCCAGGUGCAACCUGGCGACAACCCCUGGUUGUGUUUUUGGAAUUCGACUUACAUCGAAGGCUACAUCUAUGUCCAAACCAACUCGACAGCUGCGACAGUCAGCGGCUACCCUACGCCAAAUCCCACCGAUCCGUUCGGCCCCAUGCAAUUCCCUUCAACCGGCGCGGGCUUCCCUUCUCCGACAUCGACCACGACGGUCCCGAUACCCACAUCCACCACAUCCACAGGGUCUGCCAAGCGGAAACGUGAUGAGAACUCACCGCCAUUCCCUCGCCUUCCCCCUUACCCACGCACAGUGAAGAUCGAAGAACGACGGCUUCCCAAUGGCCCACAACCGUACUGUCAGAAGAUGCAGCUCCUUGACAACGGCCAACUGUCGCCCGUAACAAACAGCAACGGCGACAAGAUUGUUGUCCGUCUUCAGGAACAGGAUCCCUCGAUAGAUGAGUACACGCGCGACCGUUCAAUCGAUCCGUCACCGACAACGUUGACGACAACUACGCGCAAAAGAGCGCGACUCGACCGACGUAGAGAUCCGCCGGAUGCGUGCCACUGCCAGUGGAUGUUUCAAUAG